UCGACCCAACCUUGUCAACCACCAACCAAAACACCAGACAUAACGACGACGCUGACGACGACCAAGACCGAAACGAAGCGGUAGACUUGGGUCCCUCGACUGUCCCGAGUCCGUGUACGUCUGCCUUUAUUUCUCUGGCAAACUGCACCACCUCAAGAGCACCUUUCGGCCCAACCCCACUAUCCCAGUCCGAGUCGAGGCCCCCGUCCGUUACGCCAUUUUCCGGAUCGACCUGUUCUUUGAGAGGAAAUAGGACUCUUGCUCCUCAUCCUCUCUCCUCCUCCUCCUUCAUCAACAACCCGACACAACAACAACAACUACCAGAAACAUGUGGGGCUGGUUUGGCGGUGGCGCGGCGCAGAAGCGCAAGGACACCCCCAAGAAUGCGAUCCUCGGUCUGCGCGCGCAGCUGGAGAUGCUGCAGAAGCGCGAGAGGCAUCUUCAGACACAGAUUGACGAGCAGGAUGGCAUCGCUCGCAAGAACGUCAAUACAAACAAGAAUGCGGCCAAGGCGGCCUUGAGGCGUAAGAAGACACAUGAGCACUCGCUCGACCAGACAGUCUCGCAGAUAGGGACACUGGAGCAGCAAAUCAACGCGAUCGAGUCGGCCAACAUCAACCGGGAGACCCUGGUGGCGAUGGAGAAGGCCAGCCAGGCCAUGGCACAGAUCCACGGAAAGCUUACACCGGAGAAGGUGGACGAGACAAUGGAGAAAUUGCGAGAGCACAAUGCCAUGAGCGAAGAGAUUGUCGCCGCCAUGACCAACGCCACUAUCGGCGACUACGUCGAUGACGUCGAUCUGGAAGAGGAGCUGGAGCAGCUACAACAGGAGCAGCUCGACGAGCAAAUGCUCACGACAGGCAACGUGCCCGUAUCAGAUGCAGUACACAAGAUGCCCACGCCGGUAAACACAGAGCCUCAAUCGAGCAAGAAGCAGGCUGUGGAGGAAGACGACGAAGAGGCCGAGUUGCGAAAGUUGCAGGCUGAGAUGGCCAUGUAAGGUGACUGUUGGGCGGCUUCGGUUGUUGCAUAGCAUCUGGUUGGUUGGGAUUUGAGCGCGGGACCACAUACAUUUACGCCGACUCUCCUCGCUAACAAGAGGUGAAUGGAUGGGUUAAGGGGGAGGAAGGGGAUGGUCUGUGAACCCCCUCGUGUCCUACAGGUCUUUUUUAUUCUGUUGGGUGUUCUGUCGGCGUUGGCGUCUGAGGCUGUUGCUGAUGCUUGUUGGUUGCAAACCACUGUCCAUCUUUGCCCCUUUGGUACUGGCAUUAACAUCGCGCUCUUCAUCUCGGGCGAGGUUUCGCUUGAUGGUUUUGCAGGCGGUGUAGGAUGUGAACGCCAGGCGAGGGAUAUUGGUGACGCUUGGCGAGCUUUCAGAUGGCAGAGAAUCUAGAUCUUUAAUGCGAAUAAAUCAUGUAGCAUUCG